UUAACGUAAGAUGUGGUAAUACUCUCUCUUCAACCACCAAUCAAGAUCAUGGCCUUCCCCAGGGUAGUGUCAUUUCCCCUACCCUCUUCCUUAUCAUGAUUAACGAUAUCUUUCAUUUCUCCCCGCUUAACCAAAAACACUCUAUAUAUGCUGACGAUGUGGCGUUUUGGGUUACGCGCGACACCCCUCUCGCAGCAUAUAGUAGAGCCCAAAUUAUACUAAAUGAUAUAGUUAAAUGGUGCGAAGAAUGGGGUCUUAAAUUGUCCCGUAACAAAACGGCGGCUCUUCUCUUCGUACCACCUCGGCUAGCUCAUGACAAACCCCCCUCACUUAAGAUCAAAGACAAACCUAUUAAUUAUGUCAAUGAAUUUACCUACCUUGGUAUUACCUUGGAUAAAACACUUAACUUUAACAAACACUUUGAAAACAUUAAAAGCAGAUGUUCCAGGCGCAUAAAUAUUCUUAAAUGUAUAACAGGAAAAGAUUGGGGCGCAGAUAGGCGCACACUUUUCCAGCUAUACACCUCUCUUAUUCGCCCUAUCUUGGACUAUAACGCUUUUCUAUUUGAUGAUAUAGCUUCUAAGAAAAUUGAGUCAUUGCAGAUUAUCCAGAACAACGCUCUCCGUAUUAUUACGGGAGCUCACGCAACAACAAGUAUUAUAGCUCUUCACGCGGAAUGCAACAUCCCUUUUCUCCGACAACGACGUAAACUACAACUGCUUCGCUUUUUCGCUCGCGCCUGUUCUUCCCCUAAUCAAAACACGCACAAGAUCGUCACUAAUCGGUAUCAGGAAGGUCAUCUCUCGUCCGCGCAAACUAAAUAUCCGGUGAUUGCGUAUCGAAUAGAACUGGUCUUCGCGCGGUUUCAGAUUCCUCCCCCAAAGAUUCUCCCUACUCCACCCGCUUCUUCUUUCUACAUCCCUCCGUUUGAAGGAGCGUCUUUCCUUUUCUCGUCGAACAAACGUAAUACAUUGAAAGAGGAAUGUUUGCAACUCUUCCACAAGUAUAAAGCCAACCACACAGGAUAUACCUUUUAUUAUACAGACGGCUCAAAAAAAGGGCCGAAUACAGCGGCCGCUGUAUAUUCGGAGGUAUAUCAGAAAUCAUACAGGGUACAUGAUCAUCACUCCAUAUUUACCGCAGAACUUUCCGGAAUCCUAGCAGCUCUCAAACACGUAACAACAUCCACAAUAGAAAAAGCGGUGAUAUGUACCGAUUCGGCCUCAGCCAUUAUGGCUAUAAAAACUAGACGACCUGAGCCAAACCGGCUAGUACAUAACAUUAAAAAACAGUUGUAUAAAUUAGGAGAAGGCAAGGAUAUCAAACUCCUGUGGAUACCAGGACAUCUCGGUAUCCCAGGCAAUGAAGCGGCCGAUAAACUGGCCAAAGACGCCCUAAAUCUUCCACCCAGGAAUCAUCUUGAAAGGGCACAUACCACAUUGCAAGCGAAAUAG